CCGCCCCCCGGCGAGUUUGACAUGGCACUCAGCGGCACCCUCCUCCCUUCCAUCUCCACCUUCGCCACGGCGGGCACGGCCAGCCGGGAAAAAGCCUUGAGACAAGCAGGUGGCCACAACAAGUGGAGGGAAGAGCUUUCUCACCUCAAGCGGAUCCCCCCUAUACUGACAGGGCGGCAUUUUGACCUCUCUUCUGAGCUGGAAAACGCCACAAACGGCAACAGUGGGACUAUGUCAAGGCGGGAGACGGAAGAGUUGAAUGAGCUUCUGGACUUUGAUUUCAUCUUGUCGAAUUCCCUGAUGCCCCAGGAGCAGCCUACAGCUGCUGCUAUAGUUGUGACUGCUCCUGGUUCUUCGCCCUCUAUCACAAGUAGCACCUGCCCUCCUGUGACCACCUGUGAUUUUUCCUACCAGCUGCAAAGGGAAGAUCACCCUGGAGGUAUAAUGUACACUAGAGAACAUGCUCCAGCUGCCCCUUUCAACCUGGCUGAUAUCAAUGACGUGUCCCCUUCGGGUGGAUUUGUAGCUGAACUGAUGAGGCCAGAUCUGGACCCUGUUUAUAUGCAACAGCAACAGCAGCAGACCCAGCAGCCACCUCCUCCACCACCUCUUCCACUAGGCAGCCUUCAUGGGAAAUUUGUGUUGAAGGCUACAGUGAACAUGGGAGAAUGCAAUAACCACAUCAAGAACAGUGCUGCUGCUUCAGCUUCCCCCUGCACGGAUGGACCUGUUCCCCCUUCUGUGUACAACCACGUGCCCAGAAUGUGCCCCAAAAUCAAGCAAGAGGCGGCCCCAUCAUGUACCAUUGGCCAAUCCCAUGGGAAUACUUCAAGGGCCCAGCCGCACGACUUCUCUUUGGGUCGGCCGUUACCUAGUAGGACUAAUCCUCCGUUGACUCCAGAGGAGAUGAUGUCUCCCAGGGACUGCCACCCUUCUCCCCAGGGCUUAAGUCAUUCAACUCUUCCACUUCCUCCAGGCUAUCAUCCUGGCCCAGCUUACCCUCCUUUUCUUCCAGAGCAGCUGCCACCCAACGCCCUCCAGUAUCAAGAGCUGAUGCCUUCGGGAAGCUGCCUCUCUGAAGAGACCAAGCCCAAGCGGGGACGGAGGUCAUGGCCCAGGAAAAGGACUGCCACACACACCUGCGAAUAUGCAGGCUGUGGUAAAACAUAUACAAAGAGCUCUCACCUCAAAGCACAUCUUCGGACCCAUACAGGUGAGAAGCCCUAUCACUGUGACUGGGAAGGCUGUGGCUGGAAAUUUGCCCGCUCCGAUGAACUUACACGUCACUACAGAAAGCAUACAGGCCACCGCCCUUUCCAGUGCCAGAGGUGUGACAGAGCAUUUUCCAGGUCUGACCACCUCGCCUUACACAUGAAGAGACACUUUUGAGAAGGACACAAGGAACUUUAUCUUUACAGCCUGGAGAGAUUCAGUAUUUGACAGCACAAGGACUGUCUUCCACACGAGGGAAGGACUCCACUUUAAAGCACUACAGAAAAUCCCAGUGAAGU